AUGUCGCAACUCCGUGCUUUUGAAAGUAAGUUUUAAAAGUUUUAUGUAAUUCGAAUCAUUUAAAUUUGUGAAUCGAAAACUUUGAAAGUCGGAUUCAAAGAAAUUAGGGCUUAUUCGAAUAAACAAUCUACAAUAACGAAAUACAGAAACAGAAAAUCUAUGGAGUAGGUAUAUCAAGGGGAAACCUAUAUAUCCACAAAGUAAUAUCUGCAAAUUCUGGCCCAAUUUCCAAAACUAACACAAAAUAUUAAAUUGUCUGAUCAUUUCAAAAAAAAGCUGGGAUCAAAUCCAUAAAUAUAGGCUACUGUUAAAGAGACGGUAUCACUUAUAAUGGAAAAGCAGAGACAACAAGAGCAAGAAAUAAGGACAAAACAAGUAAUAUAAAAUUUUUUAAAUCAUCGAUCUAUAAGAGGCAUAGAGUAAUAGACGAAUAAAAGUGCUUCAUCAAUCGUCAUCAAAUAAUCGAAUACUGAUAUGAAAUUCUCAAUCAACAUGGUUUUGACAAUUCUUCUUGUUCUUUUUUUCUUAUAUUAAGCAAGUGGAUGUGAAAGUUUUCUACUUUGA